AUGGAGGAUGUGGAACCUCGCCCUCAAAUUGGGGACCCAUCGCCGGCCGUGUACCGCUCUUGGGUUACGCCCCGUAGUCUGGCCACGAAAACGGUCGCGGAGGUCGAAGGGAAUGCAUGCCCAUCUACAGCGUCUCUCACAGAUGACCGGUGGAAAAAUGUGAAUGGGUCGGCAUGUCCAGUCUCGCAUGUUUCUGCAUCGGUUUCAACUGGCGAAAGGUCGGAAUCGUGUUCGCAGAAGGCUAUUGAAGAUGAUCAAGAAAUCGAAUACGAAGAUGACCUAUAUGAUGACAGUCUUGACGUCCACGACAUUUUGGAAGAAGCUGUUGAUAAAAUAAAAAAGGAAGCGGAAGAUUCGGAACCGACCCCUGUAAUAUGGAAAUACGUGCCUGAACGUCUUGAACAUGAUCAUUUCAUGAAUCUCCCAGAGGGAUGGGCUCGUAUCACACAUAACAGUGGGAUGCCGGUAUAUCUGCAUCGGAAGUCUCGUGUGAUAUCGUUGGCAAAGCCUUACUUCAUCGGAACUCAAGGAGUUCGGGACCAUCGUAUUCCUGUCACAGGUGUGCCAUGCCUUCAUCAGCGGAGAGUUCUUGAAAGGGACGCUGCCCUUGCGGAGGAGGCUGAGAAACAGAAGAAUGUUGCCACCGAAUCAACCCUGGAAAGCGAAAUUAAGCAGAAGCUCAUCGCACCUGCUGUUAAAAUUGAGCGUCAAGAGGAUUACUUACUAAGUGGAGAAGAGUAUCGCAAGUAUGCUGAAAAACUGUUUAAGUUUAAAACUAUUCAGGUUAAAAAGUUCAACAAUUUCAAGGAGAAGAAAGCUGCCUAUCGCGAGAAACAACUGGACCAAGCACUGAAAGAUUCAGGUGUUCCUAUGAAAAUGAAGGAGGUGUUAAAGAAGAAGGAGAAGGCGCCUGCUGGAUUGGCGUUAAUACACAUUGAGUCAGCAGAUCCACGUUUCCACAAGCGAAGCUUUGUUAUGAAUCCUCAAGGAAAGUCUUCGAUUACGGUGCUGCAUGAAUACUCGCAACGGGCUUUGAAGGACGAACUAUUUAUCACAUUGAAGAAACGAGAUUCGAUAAUAGUUGGUCGUGGCGAAGGUCCAAGUAAGCGUAUUGCAAAAAUGGUGGCUGCGAAACAGGCGCUCGCAGUUCUGAUACCGGAAAUCCGCUUCAACGAUGACUUCAUGGCCACCAUUCAACCUCCAGAUGCAACUGAGAAAAAUUAUGAUGAUCAGAUCAUUGAAGUUCGACAUUUGAAUAAAGAUCUGCUUAAACAGGGCUGA